GCAAUUCUAGUUGUAUAAAGAGUGUUUAUGUCUCAAGUCUGGCUUUGACUCGUUUUAAUUUGUUUAACUUGUAAAUAACUUAUAGAUUUAUUUUUAUAUUAUGAACAUUUUGUAAUUUUGAACUAAUCUUUAAAAGAAAAUGAAGUUCGUUGAAAUAUAUACUCUUUUGGGUAUAAUAACAGCAGUCAAUGCCCAGUCGUAUGCGUCAGUGGAUGCCCGACAAGCUUGUGUGAUUCCAAAAAUAUUACAAGGAUCAUGGUUCUCUUGGGAAACUGGUCGUCCAACUGCGACUGUUAUUGACGCUACUCAGAUGUCGCGUCGAGGUUAUUGUGUUGCAAUGGAGAAACUUCGCGCUGAUGAAUAUUCAUUUGUAUUCAAGGAACAAUCUAUCAAUUGCUAUCACUGUGUAAGGACUUUUAUAAGGACAUUAAAUGUCUUCGAAAAGUUUGAAGGUCCAUGUGUUUCCGUACCCGAUGGCACCGAACCCACUGUUGAAUAUGUAUGCCGUGGCAUAAAGGAUGACCAGCAGCUAAUUACGCUUUUCAAUGAAAAUUUUGUACCAAUCAAUUGCCGUAGUUCCCUAGAAGGCGUUUGGCACUUUACAUAUCAAAACCGAUUCCGUUUCACGGGUGUCUGCAAUAAACCUGAUGCACGUAUACAAUCGUGUCAAACAGCUGGUACACAGUUUUUGAUUCAAAAUCAAAAAUUUAAUAUUACCUAUCAACAGUGUGAGGGUAUGGAUGGUACAUUUAGUGGUACAGUGGAAUACAGUUGUCUGGGCGAUUGGUUUGUUGGUAAAAAUCAUUAUUUCGCUGUGGCCAAUACAAAAGAAUCGCGUAAAGAUGAAAAGUAUCGCUGCUUCCUUAAAAAUCGUGAUGAUGAUUUAUACAUUGGUGUCUCAAUCACUGCCGAAUGUAAUACUUUGAAAACACCCGAGCAGUCACCAGAACGUUUGAAAUUGACUCCGGUUAAAGCGGAAUAUGUUGAACCUGGUUGCACUUUGCCACAAAAUUUUAGCGGAGAAUGGGUUAAUACCGCCAACAUUGAUGCCGAAGUCAUAAUUGAUGAUACACACAUAAAUGAAACUUAUUAUCCAGAUAGAGCGCGUUAUAGACGCACCAUUUAUGUAUGUCGGGAGCGUCGUGGAAACCGUAUAAUGAUGGCCCGUCUUACUGUAGACGGUUGUCAAAAGGAUUAUGUUUGUUUUGAUUUUAUGCCAAGACAUCAUAACAUAAUACGCUAUCGCAAGGGUUUGGCAGUUAUCAAAGACGACUUUAGUACUGUAUGUUCAUGGGUGCAAUUCAAGAAUGCUGAAGCUUGGAAAUAUGAUUUAUUAUUGGCCAAAAAUCCAGUAGCUGUUAGAUGUCCCGUCGCAGGAAAGUUUAAUUUUACACAACGCGGCGAGCAUCCUUUCAAGACAAGAAUAUUGGGAGGUGUAACUCUUAGUCCACGUCCUGACAUUCGCUGUAAGCAAAAUAUAUCCGAUUUGUCAGUUUGUGAUACAGAUCAAAAGGAAAUGGCAGUAGAUGAAAACUAUUGUCUUUCAGUAGAUCAUUUGGGUAGACCAGUUGAUAUUUACAGUGAUCCCGAUUAUCGCAUGAAAUGUAUUGGCUUUUGGAAAGAAAAUUUAAAAUCAUAUCUAAUAACCUAUGAUGACUUGGAUCCUUUAUCAAAAUACAGGUGUUGGGUAUAUCAAAGAGCCGACUUAAAUAGAGUACUUAUGUCACAAGCGGUGGGAGCAUUUUGUAAAUUGAAUCAAGAUGUCACAUCGUGGAAUCACUCAGAAGGUGCAGCUGUUGCUAUAGAUGCGAUAGAAUAUGAACGAGAGCGUGACGAUUGUCCCAUGUAUUUUGAUGAUGGUGAAGAUCCUUGGCGUCAAUCAGAUGCUUCAAAUGUGAUUUUUGAUUGGGAUUUUUAUAAAGCAGGCGCUGAUCGUAUAAUUUUAGCUAUGAAUAUACCAUCAAUGCUAACGCUUGUGAGUGGGUAUAUAAUUCUUAGGCUAACGAGAUUUAUAUUUUAGUAUGGAGAAACGGCCAUAACGUGUAAGAACAAAUCGCAAAUAAUUUUCUAGAAUCAUCACAUAAAAGCGUUCAGUUUCGAAAUCUCUAGCAAACAAUAUCAAGUGUCUUACUAGUUUAAGUUUCCAAUAUAUACAAAUAAUCUUUUUUAUAUACAAAUUAUUUUAGGAAUUAUCCAUUCCUGUAACAAAAACCAAUUCCGUCCAUUUUCCAUGUAAGAAUACAUGAACGUAAUAAUUAACACUACUUUCCAAUUAGAAGUAAUAUUAAACAAAUUGA